UGAUGGUUGGUUAGGCUUCUCACGCGAUUUCGGCGUCCAUCAAAGGCAUGGUGGCAGAGAGCAAGCUGAAGACAAGCAAAAGCAAACAGUGGCUAACACCCAACUGCCCGUUUGCCCAUUUCUCUUCUCCAUAACACCACCGCUGCCACCUCCUUCCUCUCCCACACUACUGGAAAUGUUCCCCCUCUCUGUCUUCCUCCUCGUCGGGAAACAGCGCAAUAUCGUGCUUCCACAGAGCCCUUCCAUGGCGUGAAAAACCUCAUCAUCUCUAAUGCUGUCUUUGCCACUACGCUUCUGACCCUUUUACCCCUCCAUUCAUCUUCCAAUGCUGUCUUUCCCACUCUAAAAUCAUCCUCCUCCGUUUCUGACCCUUUUACCCCUUCAUUCAUCUUCAGCCCCUAGCCCUCUUCGCCUUCUACAUACACACACAUAUAUACCCUUCGUUUUACAGUUUUGGGUCCGUUUGGUUGCUAGUCGAGGUCUAGGGCUUUUGGGUUUUUCUGGUUUUGAGUCUUGUCUCGUUUUCUUCAAGCUCAGGUUAGGGUUUUUGGUGAAAAAUGUCGUGGCCUGCUGACUCGGCCACUGAGACAGCCCAGAGGCGGGCUCGGCCGUGGAACCGCCCGGCUCGGCCAACAUACGUUCCGCCACAUCUCCGAACCGACCCCAACAAUGGGGCCGAACCAGCCCGGUUCGCCCGCUCCGGCCGCGGAGAGCCCGUUCGAGUCGGUUCAACUCGUGGCCGUGGGCCGCCGUGGGCCCGCCGCGCGAACCCGGAAUCUGACCCCUUUGAACUCGCCGAGAGAUUCGAUGAACUGGAAGUGAUCGCGGACGGCGAUGGUGGGGGUGGCGGCGCCGGUGCCGGCAUUAACUUCGACGCGUACGAGGACAUUCCGGUGGAGACCAGCGGCGACGACGUUCCACCGCCGGCAAACUCGUUCGCUGAGAUUGAAUUGGGGAAGCCUUUAAUGGCCAACAUCAGGCGGUGCAGGUACGUGAAGCCGACGCCGAUUCAGAGACACGCCAUUCCCAUAGCCGUGGCCGGGCGGGACUUGAUGGCUUGCGCUCAGACUGGGUCGGGGAAGACGGCGGCGUUUUGUUUUCCGAUCAUCAGUGGGAUAAUGAGGAACCGUUUUCCGGUUCCGGCGCCGGGCCGUGGGCCGAGGAUUGCUUACCCGCUUGCUCUGAUACUUUCUCCAACUAGGGAACUGGCAUGCCAGAUACAGGACGAGGCAAAGAAAUUCUCUUAUCAAACUGGUGUGAAGGUUGUGGUUGCCUAUGGAGGGGCACCCAUUUCGCAGCAGAUGCGAAAUCUAGAAAAGGGUGUAGACAUUUUAGUUGCCACACCUGGGCGCUUGGUUGAUAUGGUAGAGAGAGAACGAGUUUCUCUUAAAGUGAUUAAGUAUUUGGCUUUAGAUGAAGCAGAUCGAAUGUUGGAUAUGGGCUUUGAGCAGCAGAUACGCAGGAUUGUUGAGCAAAUGGACAUGCCUCCACCAGGUGCAAGGCAGACAAUGCUCUUCAGUGCAACUUUUCCAACGGAGAUACAAAGACUUGCUUCAGAUUUUCUUUCAAAAUACAUAUUUCUUGCCGUUGGAAGAGUUGGUUCUAGUACUGACCUGAUUGAUCAAAGAGUUGAAUUUGUCCAUGAGAUGGACAAAAGAAGUACUUUGAUGGAUCUACUUAAUUCCCAAAGUGCUAAUGGAGCUAUUCGAAAGCAUGCCUUGACACUGGUUUUUGUAGAGACAAAGAGAGGAGCGGAUGCUUUAGAACACUGGUUGUGCAUGAAUGGUUUUCCAGCCACAGCAAUACAUGGUGACAAAGUGCAAGCGGAGAGAGAACGAGCCUUGAAGUCAUUCAAAAGUGGAGCGACUCCAGUUUUGGUGGCAACGGAUGUGGCUGCACGAGGGCUGGACAUACCACAUGUUGGCCAUGUUGUUAAUUUUGACUUGCCAAAAGGGAUUGAUGACUAUGUUCACAGAAUAGGGCGUACAGGCCGUGCUGGCAAAACAGGUCUAGCCACAGCAUUUUUCAACAACAAGAACAUGCCCCUCGCAAGGGCACUUGUCGAUCUCAUGCAGGAAGCAAAUCAAGAAGUUCCUCCCUGGCUCACUCAAUGUGCCGAGUCAUCAACGUUUGGCAGCAGUGGUCGAGCACGUCACCAUGGAGGUAGCAAGUUUGGCGGCCGUGAUUACCAGUUUGGUGGCCAUGAUUUCAGGAAUGAUACCCAAUAUGAUGAUGGGGAUUACCAUUCCAGCCAUUAUGUCGAUCCAGCGGCAGACCCCGAUUUUUCCUAUGCUGCUACUCCUGCUUCAUCUACUUAUGGUGGUGCCCCCGCUGCUACCAGUUACCCUUCUGUUGAUGUUGAUUCUCGUGGUUUUGGCUUUGAUCACGGGUCGGUUGUCGCUACCGGCUGGGAGUGAGUGUUUUAGUCUCCCGUUUGUUCUUGGUCUGCUAAUUGCAGUAUAUAUGCAUAUGUAAUAGGUCUACUUGCCUAGAACAAUUAUGGUAACUACUAACUACAGGUUGAAAGCAGAGAUAAGAUGAAAUGUAGGAUCCUUAGCUCUAGAGCCAGUGCUUGGCCUUUUCUUUUUGAUUUUGAAGGAGCUUGACAAUUGUUGUCACCUGUAGAUUGUUGUGGGUGGGAGUAAACAGAGAUGAGAUGACAAUUGUUCUUGGACAGAAGAAGGUUUUGGCUCUGUUUUGUUUACCCAUCUUGGCUGCCCGCCUUUAGCUUUUGAUUGUGAGGAUGUGUGCUUGAUAUCAAGUAGCUGUGAGCCUUACAUGUAAUAUACAGAUUACCAUUUGGGGAUUGUUCUUUUGCAUGUUUCAUCAGGCUAAAUCUGUUCAUGAUGUGUUCAGGUCGGUAGAGAUGUGUAAGCGAAAACUGAUGGGUAAUUCCUUAAAUGUUUUUAUUUCUGU